UCGUCGCUGAAUGCUACAUGUUAACACCAUCUCGGUCUUAUGUAAAAUCCAAACAUUAGCAAAUAGGCUUAAGUUAGUUAUGACGUGCCAUCUCCAACUUAUCUCGUAGCUCGCCGAGUUAACUUCCUGAGGCUAACUGUAGCUAGCACUCGACAUGUUAGACCGGAACUAGCCAACAUGCUAACAAAACAGCUACGAUAAAUAUGACUUGAGUGUCAGUCUUUUCACGUCCUGUCCCAAUAAAACAGGAGCGGUCGUAAUGUUCUGGUGGAUUAUUGUUCAAAAUAUAUCACCCUGCGCCGAAGAGUUGACCUCAGGAAGAUGGCUGCUAGUUCUUCCUUGCACCUUCUUCCUGUUUGACGUUUUUUUGUGUACGAAACUUUAUUGAAACAGACGAGUAAAGUUACACAGUGCUGCAUUUAAACGACUAUGCAAACUACGUAAAAAAGAGUUAACACGCCGAGUCGAUUACAUUAUCUAACGUUUAAUUUAAUCGACGUAUUCUUCAGAGUAGUGAUAUUUAGGUGUACUUUAAAACUAUGGAGAUGCGUCUACAUCAUUUAGCUAAAAUGUUAAAAGGAGCAAAAAUGUUAGGAAGGCCUUUCACUGUUUGGUGGUGAAGUUGAACAUUAAUUGUAAGGUUAAUGAUGACAAUAAUGUCAUUUUUUGUAGUAAUGUUACCAUUGCACAUGCAGAAUUUGUGAUGCUUGCAAAUAAAUGCAUUCUGUCCUUAUUAGAAGGUGUACCUAAUGAAGUGGUCAUUAAAUGCAUAUUCUCCUGCAUAAUUUUAUUGUAAUUUUUGUCUGCAGGUCACGGUCAGAAAUGGGGGAGUUUUUCUUUUCUUUUUUUUUUUUUUUGCAGAGGCUGUCUGGAGCUUGUGUCUGGCCCUCCCCUCCCUCCAUUGUCCCCCCCUCCAGUCCUCCCCCAUGGAGUUGGGGGGAAGGCGAGGUGUAAAUCAGAACGCCUGGCUCAGAAACACUACACUCGGAUGCACGCAGUAGAGAGUUGUCUGUUUUUUUAUUUUUUAACUCAAUGGCUGUUUACCGGGAGUAAUAUGAGGAUCCAGGCCCAUGCACCACACGGAGCUCAUCCGGGGCGGUGAUGGAGGUAUAGGCUGCAUGCGGAGGCUCCGGGUGGCUGCCCCUCCUCUUCCUCCUCCUGUCCGUCCUCCGGCUGCCGGCGGCGGCGGCUCACUGCACCGGCGUCCCGGUCGUCUCAUGCGAAAUACAGCGGGCCAAUUGCGAAGCUCCGGGCCCACAGAGUCCAAUGGUUAUUGCGUCUGCACCGGACCCCAGCCACAGGGCAUGGAUAUAUCUGAACUGGAGUUGGUUCAGAUAAUAAUUAUCCUGCUGGCGAUGACCGUCAUGGUGGUCGUGCUGGUCUGCCUCCUCAUCCACUACCGCCUCUUCGCCCUGUCCCUGCUCGGCAGGCUCGGCGACACGCAGGACACGCGACAGGAUGCCAGUGGGUGGUCAAACAAUGUGCUGAGUCAACAUGGCGACGGCGAGGCAAUCCUCCAAAACCGGACCCUGACGGCCUUCAUGCAGCGGCCCCUGUGUCGCCUCCAGCCCACCUAUCCCUACAUGCCACAGGAGACCGUGAAUCUUCCCCCCAUCAUCUGCUUACCUGACGGGGAAGGAGACAAGGGCGGCUUCCCGCUACGCACCCCGGAACAGAGGCUGGAGCUGAGCCGGGCCUGCAUCCGUGCUCCUCCUAACCGGACUAUCCUGAGAAGUAACAUCAUAGACGAUUAUAUACACGGCACGGGCGUCGAUGUGAUGCUGGAGCAACCCCCUCCGGCUUACAGCGUGACUGUGGAGGACUCUACCUUGGAGAAUGGAGAUGAGCUAAAGAGAGGCCCUAAAAGACUACAGGCGACUUGGCACGCAGGAAGAAGCACAACAUCCACUGAAACUGUCCUUCAUAACUCCUCAGUCACUUGAGAGACUUUUCAAUGUGAUAUGCAUCAGAUAUUUUCUAUUAGGUGCUAAAAUAUCCUGUUUUGUUUGUGUCUAUUUUUGUAAGCUUUUCCAUGUCUUUAUGCGCAGUGCGCCGAUAAACACUGUCGUCACUCAUGGGAAUGUAUACUAGGGGUUCGGAAUGCAAGCUAAUGUGAAGUUGCACUUGAAAGCGGAGAAUGCGUCUGCUUUUUUUUUUUUUAAUUGGUUUUUCAUAUGAGAGGAGCUGCUAAAGUCAGUGCUUUUUGCUUCAAUUUGGCAUAUACUUUAUCCUGUUUAAGCCAGAGGCAAUACUCUGUUUUUGUUUACCAUUAGUGGUGUGGCCAUCUUUGAACGGGUGCCACCAUCUUAAGCACUUUUGCCUCUGAAUAAACAAAAACACAAUGGAAGAAGGAGGAGGACUCUGUAUAAGCCAUGCACAGCAAUACUUGUUGGUCACGCUCGGUGCAAUUGAAUUGAUCAGCAACUGACCUGAGUUGAAUUUAAAAGCUAAAUAUCCUUGUCGUUUACAUUUUUAUGUUAUUUAACAAAUAUUUUGUAUUUAAAAUGUGUAGCAGUUUACAAUA